UUGAAUUCACAAUACAAGUGUGGUUGUGUAUAAUCCUCACUAUUUUUGUGGUUAUGUAUAGUUUUGUCACACCGGUUACUCUGACAGCAAUGACUCUGGAGCGCUAUGUGGCCAUUUGUAUGCCCCUGCGUCAUGGACAGCUGUGCUCCACACGCAGCACUAUGUACUGUAUCCUGAUCAUUCAUGGUGUCAGCUUUGGUCCUUGUAUAAUUAUUCUGUCCAUGUUCUUUGCUUCUGCCUCACUUAACUUCUACAAGCAAUCCAUGAUAUGUAGUGUAGAGGCAUUUACUCUUUACAGAUGGCAGGAUCAUGUUCGAUCAGCUGUGUUUCAAUUUUAUUUCUUGAUUAUGGGCAUCACUAUUGCAUACUCAUAUGUUCAAAUAAUGAAAGUGGCCAAAGCUGCAUCAGGAGAGAAAAAGAAGUUGACACAUAAGGGGCUUAAAACAGUGAUCCUUCAUGCUUUCCAGUUGUUGCUCUGUCUCAUUCAGCUGUGGUGCCCAUUCAUUGAAACUGCAGUGCUUCAGAUUGAUUUGAGGUUAUUUGUAAAUGUCAGAUAUUCUAACUACAUUAUGUUCAAUAUUGCUCCAAGGUGCCUGAGUCCUCUGAUCUAUGGCCUCAGGGAUGAAAAUUUUUUUCUUGUACUAAAGUCUUAUGCCUACUUCAUCCUGUUCAAAAUAAACAUAAUUUGA